AAUUUGUCAAAACAAAACGUCGAGCAAAGGACAAAUCCAUCUCUUUUGGGUCCUUUUCCAUGGAACUAAAUGCUGGUCUCGCAACGUGCAGUGCUGUACAUUAGGUUAGGUCCUAUAAUAAUGACUUCUUUUACUUCCCAAACACCAAUUUCCAUCACCCCUAUCAUUCCUCAGUCUUAGAUAUUUCAAAACUUUUGCCACUCUCUGCUUCUUCUUCUUCAUUGAUUUUCAGGUGAUUUUGAGCCUCACCCUUUUCUUUAUUCACUUGCUUUCCUCUUAUUAUCAUCUCUUCAGUUUUUGAUAUCUUAACCAUUUCUUUCACUUUCGCUGGUGAUUAAUUUUCUUUCCUUUUUUUAGUCAGAAUUUUGUUGUUAUCAUGGUGAGUGUUAGGACUUUUGAAUUGGAGAUAUGGGUUUCAUUUGUUCUUUGUUUAAUAUGUUUUUCUUUUGGGUUUUCUCCUGAGGAUAAUUAUCUAAUAGACUGUGGUUCAUCCACAAAUACAUCUGUAGAUAAUCGUGUAUUUGUUUCUGAUAGCUCAAGUUCCAUCAAUCUUUUAACUCAGGAAAACAUUUCUGCUGAGAUUAGCUUGAGUUCUAUUUCAUCCAAUAGCAAUUAUUCAUCUUUGUAUCACACUGCUAGAAUAUUCACAGGACCCUCCAAUUACUCCUUUCCAAUCAAACAAAAAGGGAGACUUUGGAUUCGCCUCCAUUUCUUCCCUUUCGUUUAUGAAAAAUACAAUAUGACCUUGGCAAAAUUCUCUGUUUCCGCUCAAAGUUUUACCCUUAUUAAAGAAUACCAAUCAGGGAAUGGUUCUUUAGUUAAGGAGUAUUCUUUGAACAUUACUUCUGAUAAGCUUGUUCUCACUUUUACUCCUCUUGCAAAUUCAUUUGCAUUUUUAAACGCUAUAGAAGUCUUUUCGCUCCCUCCUGAGCUCAUCCCUGAAGGUGCCACAACUAUUGGCUCUCAAACUGGUAACCAAAAUCUGCAGAAGCAGGCCUUGGAGACAGUUGCGCGGGUAAAUAUGGGUAAUGAAACCGUUACUCGUCAAACUGAUCCAUUAUGGCGGCUUUGGGUUGCUGAUGAUUCAUUUCUAGUGCAUAAUGGUCUAGCCAAGUUUGUGUCAAAUGUCAAAGCUGUUAAUUUCACCGGAGAAAAGACAAAGGAGGAAAUUGCUCCGGCUGAUGUCUAUGGCACGGCCACAAUGUUGAACUCAGAGCCAAAUCCUAGUACCAAUGCAAAUGUUACAUGGAUAUUUGAUGUGGAUCCUGGUUUUGAAUAUCUGGUUCGGUUUCACUUCUGUGAUAUAUCGAACACCCCCCAACCUAUCUUAUUCAAUGUUUAUAUCAAUUCAUGGUAUGCUUCUCAUGAUUUUAAUCUUCAAAAGUUUACUUCCAAAACCAUUGGUGCCCCAUACUACAUGGAUUCCAUCAUAAGAGUAAGUGAUAGCCGUAAGCUAAGUGUAAGUGUCGGUCCUUCUGCUAUAGUGGAAGGGUACCCAAAUGCAUUUCUUAAUGGGUUGGAGAUCAUGAAGGUAAACAAUUCUAGAGGCAGCUUUGAUGUCUUGGAGUCUAACUCUAAUUUCUCAACCGAUUCCAAGAUGAAAGUUGGUCUGAUAGUGGGAUUGGCUGCUGGGUUAUUUGUCGUGGUUGUUUUGGUUUUAGUUCUCUUCCUACUGUGCAGAAGAAGAAAAAAACUGGCACAAAUUGGUCAUUCGAAGGCAGAGGACAAAUUUGGCAUGAAUGGAGGAGGAGCUACUGCCAUCUUUUCCAGCUCGAAGAUUGGCUAUCGCUACCCGUUUGUUGCGAUUCAGGAGGCUACCGAAAAUUUUAAUGAAAGCUUGGUUGUUGGGGUUGGAGGUUUUGGGAAGGUUUACAAGGGAGUCUUGAGAGACAAAACGAUGGUGGCAGUGAAGAGGGGAGGUUCUCAAUCACAUCAGGGUCUUGCAGAAUUUAGGACUGAGAUUGAAAUGCUAUCUCAGUUUCGUCACCGCCAUUUGGUAUCUUUAAUUGGGUACUGUGAUGAAAAAGAUGAGAUGAUCAUAAUCUAUGAGUACAUGGAAAAUGGUACUCUCAAGAACCAUCUUUAUGGCUCAAAUUUUCCCAGCUUAAGUUGGAGAAAGAGGCUUGAGGUAUGCAUUGGAUCAGCCAGAGGACUUCACUAUCUUCAUACCGGCUCCACUAACACAAUUAUUCAUCGUGAUGUCAAGUCUGCAAACAUACUACUAGACGAGAAUUUCAUGGCCAAGGUUGCUGAUUUUGGUCUUUCAAAAACUGGCCCCGACUUAGAUCAGACUCAUGUUAGUACAGCAGUGAAAGGCAGCUUUGGGUAUCUUGAUCCUGAGUACUUGACAAGGCAACAACUAACCGAAAAAUCUGAUGUGUACUCCUUUGGGGUGGUCAUGCUUGAAGUUCUGUGUGGGAGACCUGUGAUUGAUCCAUCACUUCCUAGAGAAAAGAUGAAUUUAGUUGAAUGGGCAAUCAAUUGUCAAAAGAGAGGGCAUUUGGAGGACAUUGUAGAUCCGAAGAUCAUGGAUCAAAUAAAACCAGAAUCCUUGAAGAAGUUUGGAGAGAUAGUUGAGAAAUGCCUUGCCGAGAGUGGUCUUGAUCGACCUUCUAUGGGAGAUGUCUUGUGGAACUUGGAGUAUGCAUUUCAACUCCAAGGGAAUGAAGAAAAAUCCAGUCCUAAUGGUGAGACGUCAUCGCAAGCUAAUCUUGUCAAUCAGUCGCACAGCACCAUAUCCAUCACAGAUUUCAGUAUGGGAAGUGUAGAUGACCUCGCCGGUGUUUCAAUGAGUAAGGUUUUUGCGCAAAUUGUGCAAGAGGAAGCAAGGGAGAGUUAGUUAAGUUAUGUACUCAACCAAGAGUUUCUGAGUUCUUUCACAUAUAUUGUACAGAAAGGGAUUGUGUAGUUUUAUGGCAUACAUGUAGAAAGCAUGCCAAUUGAAUGUAUUUGCUUAAUGUUGUGUUUUAUCUUAGAGUAUGCACAGUUAAAUACAGCGUUCUGCAUAAUUAUUUA